AUGUCAUUUGGUCAAGGCGCCGCAAUCUUCGUUACCUCCUUCGUCAUCCUUCCAGAGUUCCAGACCAGCCCUUUGCAUAGACUUCUUUCCGAGAUGGGGAAGCUUAAGGCCUCCACUGCGGGCACGGUGAGAUAUCCCAAGUUCUUGUGGGUGCUUCGCUGGCUCCAUAGAGUUCAGGGCGUGAAAGUCCACGAUAACCUCCUCCUGAUCCAGGCGUGUAUACCUCUAUAG